AGUAGCCCCGCUCGGCGCGAGCGGCCGCCUUCAUUUGCGUCGGCAGCAUUCCGGAGAGGGACGUGUACUCCGGGGGCCGGCGGGUUGUUAUGGACCGGACUCCUCCUCCAGUCCACUUGGGAGAGCCUUGCGUGACGGACGGAGAGGCGACGGUCGCGAUGGGUGUCGGUGGCGUUUGUUUGCAGCGCGGCGUGGAUGUGGUUUUCCAGGGAGCUGGAAGUCUGGAAGUUUAACCUGAAGCGCCGGUCCGGAGUUCCCUUCACUUUCCCUCGGCUGCUUGGAUCCUGCACCAUGUAGUCCUUCACGUGUCGCCUCCUCCUUAACUUCUCCACGCGCGGAUGAGGACGCGGACUCGGUAGGACUCAGCCGGGGCCGGACCGCGAGUGCACAGGCUGCACCGGGCGGGCGCUCCGAGUUUUCCUUGGGAAUAAAGUUUGGAGGUCUCGCGCGCCUUUGUCGGUUCGACAGAGACGCGUCAGAGAGCCAGUUGCCCCUGCGCGCGACAGCCGCGAGGAAUAAAGACCAUGGAGUGACUCCCGUGGUCGUCCGCUCGGGUCCCCGGUGGUUUUCUCUUCCCCCCCCCCAAUAAAAACAAAAAGUCCCUCGCGAUGAUUUCAGAAGAGAGAAGCGGUCACGCGCCGAAACAAGCCCUGAACUUCCCCGUGGGUUUGCUGAUCCGCUCCCCCAAAAAACGGCUCGCCAAGCUGGGGAGGAAACCCAGCAAUGGUUCGCUACAGUCCAACAACUCAGACAACACCAUCCGUUCAGCAGAGAGCGUGGGUGUCAGGCAGCCAGCCAAGAGCAAAAUCCGCCGACACAACAACCGAUUAUCUACCGUUUUCAACCGCAGCCCCAACCUGCGGGACGGGGGACACCACGGCCCCAGUGAUAGAUACAUGGCGGGGGACCUCCAGGCGAGAGACGACCCCGCCGAACUGUCCAGUCAAAUGUCUGCCCCCGGCAUCCUCAAGAUAUUUGGCAGUGACAUCUGCCAUGGGACCAACUACAAGAGCGUCCUGGCCACCUCUCGGUCCAGCGCCAAGGAGCUGGUGAAGGAAGCCCUGGAGAGGUACUGUCUGGAAAAAGAAGACUCCGACAACUAUGUCCUGUGCGAUGUGAUCGGUCAGAUUGGCGCGGACCACCAGUGGAAAAGGGAGUGUUUCCGGGUGGUGGGCGACAACGAAAAGCCUCUGGUUUUGCAGUCCCUCUGGAAACCGAAGGAGGGCUUUUCCCGGCGUUUUGAAAUCCAGAGGAGAGCCAGUAUAGAGGAGCAAAGUGCCAAGGACGCGGACACAAUCACAGCAGGCAUCAAUGCCCAGGCGCGCAAGCUGCAGAAGAACCGCUCCAGAGUGACCUCGCUGUUUGUGGAUGACGGCGGCGAGGACACGGACGGGCUGGGGGUGUGGAGGAGCCUGAGCGAGAUGGACCUGUCGGCCAUGAGCAAAGAGGCCGUCCGGGUCCAGCAGAGCCUGCUGCGGGAGGACCCCGAGGCCGAGGCCGACAAGGAGGUCCUCCGCCUGGGCAUGGAGAAGGAGGAGACGGAGAGCAGCGAUGACAACACCACCCAGUACUCCAUCCACCCGCCGUUCGACUUCCCGUACUUCCUGCUGCUGCAGGGCUACAGCCACAGACAGGAUUUUGUCAUUUACUUAAUGAGCGGGACCACCACCAUCUUUGGCUGCUGCCGGGAGCACUGCAACGGAGAGGACGAGGAGAGACUAAAGGUCGACAUCCUCCUCUUCGCUCCCGAUGUGUUGCCUCAACACUGCUGCGUCCGACGUCUAGACUCUACCAACCUCACUUCCACGGGGGAGGCCAAACAGACACUGACGAUGCUGAAGCCUCUCCACGGUGCUCCGGUCACCAGAAAUGGCUUCCUCUUGAAGGAGGAAGUCGAACUGUGUCCGGGGGACUUAGUGGGCUUGGGAAAACACUACUUGUUCAUGUUCAAAGACCCUACCAGCAUGCCAGGGACCCCGCAGACCCCACCGUGGAUGGCCAGGCUUUGCCCAAGCCAUGAUGCCAAGGUGCCGUCCUCCUGUCUGUCAUGUGGCACCGCCCUAUCCGUGAAAAGGGUCCCCAGAAAGCCCACCCCGCCCCGUUGGAGGGACCUGGAAGGCUCUGAGGCCUUACUUAGCUAUGAGCUGGAGCAGGAGGAGCAGGUCCUGCAGGAGAUCCUGGUCCUGUUGGACCCAAGCGGGAAUGAACCCAAGUUGACACCCGCUUUCCUGCUCAGCCUCUGCAUCCAGCACUCAGCCUCCGCCUUCCAGCUGGCACACUUCAGAAAGCUGCUGCUCCAAAUAGCCAACCAGAUCCAGCUCAUCAUGUGGGAGAAGACAAAAGCACUCGCCGCUCUCCAGCCAGAAAUGAGCCCCGGUGAUGGACAGCCGCCGGAGGCCGAGCAGCUUCACCUGCUCAGCAUGGAGGAGCUGAUCCCCGGUCUGCAGCCGCUGGUGCUGUGGAUGGCCAACGCCAUUGAACUGCUGCACUUCAUCCAACAUGAGGUGCCUCAGCUGUUACCGUGGAGACAGGACCAGGACAGGGAAGGCCUGUUGGACUCCGAGAUGCUCUCCACCCGGACAGCCUGUGAGGAAGCCAUGACGGUCCUAGAGGAAGUCAUCAUGUUUGCUUUCCAGCAGUCCGUCUACUACCUGACCAAGAGCAUGUAUUCGGCGCUGCCGGGCCUGCUGGACGGGAACCCGUUCUCGGAGAGCGGUCAGCUGCGAGUGCCUGACGGGGUCACCGGCAUCCUGGAGGUGCUGAAGGAGGCUUUGAAACUCCUGAACGCCUUUCAGGUGCACCCAGACAUCUCCUUGCAGCUGUGUGCCUACCUGUUCUUCUUCACCAACGCGUCGCUCUUCAAUGCCCUCAUGGAGAGAGGGUCUGGCGGUGGCUUCUACAUGUGGUCCAAGGGGGUCCAGAUCAGGGCCAACCUUGACCUGCUGAUGGACUGGAUUCAGAGCAUUGGUCUGGGUGACCUGGCCACCGAGUUCUUCCAGAAGCUCUCUGCUGCCGUCAACCUGCUGGCCACACCCAAAGAAACCCUCUUGCAGGCUUCAUGGACCUCUCUGAGGGUUGAGUUUGCCGCCCUGAACGCUGCCCAGCUGCACCAUAUGCUGAGGGAAUACAACGCCGGCAAAGCCUGCCCAUCUGGCUGGAGACCUCCACCUGAGGAUGCAGAGGACGCCACCAGGACCGCUGACAUCCUGGAGAGUUUCGACAACCACCCGCCUCUCAUCCUGCCCAGCAACACUUUCCACCUGGAGCUGGGCAAACCCAUCACUGAGCCCGCUCUGUUCGAACAGCUCGGUCAUCUGCAGGAGUUCAUACGCCUUCUUCCCCGCAGUGAAACCCAGACUGAACCAGAUCUGGCACAACAGACUCCUGAUGUGACGACUUCACCUUCCAUCAUGGUUUUCCAGGAUGCUACCCAAGACGUGGUCUCUGACCCAGUUACCUGCCCCUCUCCGAGGGCAGAAAUGGAUACCGAGUGCCCCGCACCGCCGUUCCAGGCCCGAGCCGUCGACCUUAGCGACUGUGAGGCGGUGCUGACCCAGAAGCUGAAGAACCUGGAGCUGCAGAACACCCUCCUGGGCCAGGCCGACUUGGUCUGCCAUAAGAGCCUGGCUCUGGACCCGUCUUGCUUGCUCACACCACCCAACACUCCUCAGGGCAUGGAGCUGGCCCAGCUGGAGGCGGACCUGCAGGAGCGAGCUCGGCAGCAUAAAAAAGCAGGCGGAUGCGGCGACGGGAGGAGUUCGGCGGACGCCAUCGAGGAAGACGGAGAGGACGUGUUCACGGUCGAGCUUCGGAGAGGGCCGCAUGGUCUCGGCCUGGCACUCGUGGAUGGAAUGAAAACACCCCUGAAAAUGAGCGGGAUCUACGUGAAGUCGGUGGUGCCCAACUCGCCAGCCGCCCUGUGUCAGAAACUGAGUCUGGGCGAUCGCAUCCUGGCUGUCAACGGCAUCAGUCUAGUUGGCAUGGACUACCACAUUGGCAGAGAGCUCAUUCGGUCAUCUGAAGACUCCCUCAGACUGCUGGUUGCCAAGAUUGACUCGGGAACAACAAGCAAAGUCUCCGUCACCACUAAAUGCUGAGGGCGGAGCGCUCCGUGACUCAUCGACUGCAACUGGACACCCUGAAUGAGACACGACCGGAGUCGUCCUCCCUGUCCUAACCCAUCUGGAUGCGGCUCUACAUUAGCAGUUUUCACGGGGACGUGUUUUACCACCAAAGAAAAAAAAAACGCGGACAUGUCUGAUGACCUCCCAUGUCUCAUUUAAGUCUCAUGUUGUGAAAAAAAUUGACUUUUAAUCCAAGCGAACCACCAAAGACACAAGACUGACGUUCCUCCUGCUCACGUCUUAUCUCAUGCACCACUGUGAACGCCAUCUCAUGCCAAAAUACUGACUGUUGGGAUUUGUUGGACAGCAGAGGGUUGAAACAAGUUUGCAGAACUAAGUCCUUUGUUUGUUGUCCUGACUUCCUGUUGGACUGGAAAAAAGUAGUUCUCCGUACUAAAACGAUGGGUUUGGCAAUGAAGAAAAUCACCGCCUUUCGUAAUGGACAGUUGUUAUUUGCAGGCAAACUAUUUCAAUGUCCUUAGGCCUCUGGCGUCAAAAGCAAGUAUACAGGAUUUGGUCUGAGGGUCAAAACCACGUUGCACUGCUGCACCAAAAUAAAAACACGCGUACCAAAAAAUACAAAAUAUACAUGCAUCAAUACAAAAUGUACAUCACUAAACUAUAUACGAGUUAUACAUGCAUCAUUACAGACUAUACCAUCAUCACAUACAGCCAUACAAACAGUUAACAGUUCAGUCCUACAUCUAUCUGGACUUAUUUCAGAAUUAUUUUUGUAUUCGUGUUAACUAUUAUCAUGGGUAUUUCAAAACUGUCUUACACCUAAAGUAUAUCACAGCAGGGGAACAUUUUAAUUGAGGCCUGUAGCACAAAAAAAGGGACCUUCCUAUCAUAGAUUUCAGGUUUUUACUUCAUAUCCUCAUGCAAAAAUUAAUUUCUGCACUAUCAAGCCCGCCACAAGAUUAUUUUUGAUUAUUUUGAGAUGCUAUAUAUAUAUAUAUAUACAUACA